CCCGCCGACACCUUCUGCGACCUACUACUCAUACCCUUUCUCUUGCAUUCCCUACAGGCCCAUCAUGGCUACUCACGCGCUCCCCAAGUACCUGACUGGCGAUAAGGCGGCGAUCAAUGAGUUUAUCGAUAAGUUUGACGUGUUUCUGUUCGAUUGCGACGGAGUUUUAUGGUCUGGAGACCAUGUCUUUGAGGGGGUCGUGGAUACAUUGGAGUUAUUGAGGUCGCGGGGCAAGCAGACAAUCUUCGUCACGAACAACUCCACAAAGUCCCGCAGUGACUACCUCAAAAAACUCACCGCAAUGGGCAUCCCCAGCAACGUCGACGAGAUCUUCGCCUCCGCCUACUCCUCCGCCAUCUACAUCUCGAAAAUCAUGAACCUCCCCGGCCCCAAGAACAAAGUCUUCGUCCUCGGCGAAGCAGGCAUCGAGACCGAGCUCCGCGAAUGCGGCGUCCCCUUCAUUGGCGGCACUGACCCCGCCUACCGCCGCGACAUCACCCCGGCCGACUACACCGCCAUGGCAGACGGCUCCAUGCUCGACGACGACGUGGCCAUCGUCCUCGCCGGCCUCGACUUCCACAUCAACUACCUCAAGCUAGCAGUGGCAUACCAAUAUCUCCGUCGCGGCGCUAAGUUCCUGGCUACAAACACAGACAGCACGCUGCCUAGCAACCACACCUUCUUCCCCGGCGCGGGCUCCAUCAGCAUCCCCCUCGUCAACAUGACGGGUCAGCAACCCAUUGCGCUAGGCAAGCCGAGUCAAGCCAUGAUGGAUAGCAUAGAAGGGAAGUUUCAGUUCGACCGCUCAAAGGCCUGCAUGGUCGGCGACCGACUCAACACUGACAUCAAGUUCGGGAUCGAGGGGCGGCUGGGCGGGACGCUGGCGGUGCUUACCGGCGUGAGCAAGAAGGAGGAGUGGGAGGUUGAGGGCGCGGAGACGGUGCCAGCGUACUAUGUGGAUAAACUGAGUGAUAUCAAGGUAUAGAAGCGGGUUUUCGGGGGGGCCGAGCCUCGUCAUGGUGGAAAAAUUGCUAUAUAGAAUGUCUAGACCUCUUUUAGAGUAUAUAAACCGGCUUGACUUGUGUUAAUUGGAUGGUUUUUUGCUAG